AUGCAUUACAUCCUUGGAGGAAUGGGGGGUCGAAGCGGGAAUCCCAUCGGGGAAAUAAGAUUGUUUGGAUUAGCCAACUUUUCCGUAGGUUACAUAUUGACUUAUGCGGCUUUCUUGAUUGCCUUGCCUCUACAUCGGGCGUCUUUGGUUAAUUCCUUAUGCGCAGUCAUCUUAUUCUUUAUUAGAAAGAAAAAACCAGCAGUCAAGACUAGUCACAUUAGUGAAACAAAAAGAGUAGUCACAGCUGCGACAAGUUCCUCUAAGAGGAAGGAGGUUUGGAACCCUAAUACAGCAAGAGCGGAGAAGCAACUGGAUCGAUUCCUAACAAAAGAAAGUCAACCAAUGCCGCCGCCCUGCCUUAAAGCUUAA